AUCGUAACGACAUCCAGCACGCGGGGGUGCAGUACAUCCUGGACUCGGUGGUGGAUCAGCUGCUGAAGAAUCCUGACAGGAGGUUCAUCUACGUGGAGACGGCGUUCUUCUACCGCUGGUGGAAACAGCAGAGCUCCAGCAUGCAGCAGACCGUCAAACAGCUGGUUAAUGAAGGCCGUCUGGAGUUUGUGAACGGCGGCUGGUGUAUGAGUGACGAGGCCACCACCCACUACAGCGCCGUCAUCGACCAGAUGACCAUGGGCCUGAGGUUCCUCAAUGAGACUUUUGGGCCUUGUGGUCGCCCCCGUGUCGCCUGGCACAUCGACCCCUUUGGCCACGCCCGAGAACACGCCUCCAUGUUUGCGCAGAUGGGGUACGACGGCUUUUUCUUUGGUCGUCUGGACUACCAGGACCGGGCUCGCAGGAGGGGAACGAAGGAGCAGGAGCUCCUGUGGAGGGCGUCUGACAGCCUCACACCGCCCAUGGCUGAUCUCUUCACAGGGAUCCUUCCCAACGGGUACAAUCCUCCAGAUGGCUUCUGCUGGGACCAGUCCUGUGAUGACGCACCAAUCAGAGAUGACCCUGACCUGGAGGACUAUAAUGUCGAUGACGUGGUGAGGCGCUUCCUCGCCAUCGCCAACAAUCAG